AUGCCUCGAGCAUCGACUUAUUCUCCUUAUAUGCAGAGUAAUACGGGUUGGUUACAAAAUACUCAACAACCAAGUAACUCUCAAUCAGAACAAACAAACACCCUUCCAAAUUCGCAAACAAACACCGUUCAAUCUGUACCUACUCAGGAUUCUUUUCUAUCUGACGUUCCUCAAAGUAUUUAUUCUGAAUAUUCUACGCUAGAUAUUUCGCCUACGAUUCCAACAAUUCAAGAGUCGAUCGAAUUAACUUCACAUACACCCGAAAGUGUUCUUUACAGAGGUUCCUCACCAGAGGUUGAACAUACAACUUCUAAUUAUAUCCGUAUUGAUCUAAACUCACCGCCUAUACCUCGAAGUCCAAGUAAUCAAACACCGCAAAAACCUGAUUCACAGACUGAUUCACUUUCUUUGGAAUCUCGAACCAGUUUAAAUAAUUGUGAGCUAAUAAAUGAAAGCUCAAUAGCUUUAUCUUUAGAAGGUUUAAGUGAUCCUAUUUUAAGCGAAAUUACUGAUUCGAUUUUAUUGCAACAAACUCAAUCAGAUCACAUGGGUCGAAAAACUACUUCUAAAGUUGAAGAAAAUAAGGCGCAAAAUCUUGGUAAUUCUAUAACGGAACAAGAAUUUUCGACACCAAUUACAGAUGCAGAAAAUCAUGAUAUUAGUGGUGAACUUAGAGAUUUAAUAACGACAUCGAAUAUGAUACUUGAAAGUGUAAAGAGUCACGAAGUUGAUGAAAUGAAAAAUAUAGAAUAUUUAGAACAAGAGGGUGAUAAGUCUUCUACACAACCUCACGAAGUAUCUCAGCCAGAUCUAUCAGAACUCGAGUGCGAUCGGGAGUAUUCUGUAAUUAUAGAGAAUGAGAUUAGUAAUUCAUUACUUAGGCAAAGUGAACAUUACAACAAUUUGGCAUCCAAGCUUUCUAAUAUAGGAUUUGUAAAGGUAGAACCUGGAAGUGAUGAAGAAAUCGAGCAAUCUACUACUUCUACUACUCCAGUUACUCCUAGAAUAAGGCGUAGUAUGCGUAGAAGAACCAAGGCCAAUUAUAGUUAUCCUCGUUAUUCUUACAGUGGCAAAAGAUCUAAAACACGUAAACGAAGUCGUACACUUAAUAAAGUGUCAUCAUUAUCUGCUACUGAAAAUGAAGCCUAUGACUUGGAGGUUGUUAAUGUUGAUAAUGAAAAGAACGAGGUGACUAAUCCACCUGUACAUGAGCUAUCUCCUGUCCAAAUUAGUGAUGGUCAGGAAAUGAAAAAAGUUGCUCAUAGUGGUCAGGGUAAAGAUGAUAGUGGGAAUAUUGAUAAAAUUAUUAUCGAUAAUGAAUCGCAAAGCAAUUUAUACCUUAAACAUAAUCUUCGUUCUCGAAAAAUUCUGCUUAAAUUACCAGAAGGUGUAUCUAAAGAAACAGAAGAGGGACCUGUUACAGCCCCUUCCAAAAAAACUGCGAGAGCUAAACGAUCAGCAAAAAAAUCUACUUCAAAGGUAAUUCCGAAGAAACCUACAAAGGCAACGCCAAAACGUAAAACAACUCGUCGCAAGUUAAUCACUCGUAAGACGAAUCAAGAUUCUGAAUUGCAAUCAUCGAAUGAAGCUGAAAAUGAGUCAGGGUUGGAAGAUAAUAGUGAAUUGGGAGUGGGUGUCCCGGCUAAAACUCUUUCAGCUUUAAAGGAACCUACUACUCCAAGGAAGGUGACAACUAGGAGUAUUAAAACCGUUGAUACAACACUUGAAGCCAGAACUACAAAAAAUUCUUCAAGUAAAAAGGUGACACCAAAAACCUCUAGAACCUCAAGCAAAAGGACAAAGAACCAUGACACUGAAUUUAAAGAUUCUUCCGGAAAAGAACCAUCUAAAAUCGAGAUCGUUAAUCCAACGGAGGUUCCAGGAGUUGAAAUUAGCACAGACAUUGUGAAUCAUAAUUCAGAAAAUCAGGUUGUACGAGAACAAUCUGAUGUUGAAAUGAAUAAUGCUACUCAAGAUGAACCAGAGCAGGUGGAGGAAUCAGUUUCAACACCUAAACUUCCAAAGAGAACCCGAAAAAGUACUAGGAGGCUAGUUGGUGGGUCUAAAUCUACAAAAUCUACUAGUGGUGGCAAACAAAGUCGUGGAAGAAAAGUUGAUACACAGGCCGAUGAUAAUGCAGCAAGAGAUAAUGAAGUAAACAUUGAGCCAUCAGAUAAAGAGGAGGAGACUAUCCCUACAACGAAACCAAAAAAGGCCACAAGAAGUGCUAAUCGUAAAGGCCAAACUCGUGUUGUUGACAAUACUACCACCGAACAACCUCCAGUCCCAGCUUCCGACCCAGAUAUUGUCGAAAUAUCCUCAAUAAAUCCGACGGCUCUUGCAAAUGUUGUUAAUACGUUAGCAGGACAAAAUUAUGAUAUUUUAAGUUCUCCCGAGAGUGCCUUCCCAAAUAAAGGACCUUGUACGCCUGUAUUCGUAAAACCACAUGUUCCUGCAACCCGUUCACCUUCUAAUACACCUCCACCAGAAUUACAAGCAAAAUUGACAAAGCCUCCUACUGCUAUUCCUAGUUCAUUGGAAUGGUCAAGGGAUCAUUGGCAUCAUCUGAAAGUAUUUUAUGAAGAAACCAAGAGUGAAUAUUUAAGUUCUGGUAAAGAUGUUAAUAGAAAUAAAGAUGUAUACAGUAAAGUUAUUGAAAAAUUUUUUGAGGCUGACAUUAAUAAUAGAACAUUUGGAGAGGAAGAUUUACGUUUGCGCAUAAUUUCAUUAGAAACUGCAGACCAUGAAAGAAAUAACGAACCUUCGAGCGAUCAACGAAGUAGUAAUAUUGAAAACAGUGUUAUUCUUUAUAAUAAAACUUAUUCCAAUCUCCGGGAUAACAUUGCCGGAAACAAACGUAAACGGCGUGAAUCAAGUAUAACCAACGCUGUCCCAGGGGUAAACGAUGAGAUUGAAGGCAAAGUCCCCAAACGUUCUCGUGUGGAGGAAAAUACUCCUUCGGGGUCUGGUACAACAACACCAGCUUCUGCACCUCAAACGCCCAGUAACAAUAUGUUGUCGAAAUUAUUUGGAGGCUGGUUUAAUAGUGGUCAAAGCCGAUCAAACCCGGCCUCGUUGAAUGAAGAAGCACCAGAAGAUUCGGAUAAUAAUAUUGAUGAAAACGAAGACAGGAUGGAAGAAGAGCAAUCAACCCACAAUUCUCGUAAUAGAAGCUGGUUGUGGUAA